GGGCUGGGCAAGCGAUCUCUCGCAUUGACAGAAAGCACUACCCACACAGAGUUGACAGACUUACUGCUUGAAGCCUACCCAAAGCUAGGCACUAUAUCUGGGGGCUGGAUGUUGCACAAAUCCACAGGUGGAGGUGGGCAGCGGAAGUUGGUUGUAAUACCUCCUGACUCUGAGGGAUACACUGGUCAGCAAAUUAAAUCAGUCACUGGGAAUGGAAAGUACACACUGUUUAUAGCUCCCUUACAGGAGCAGAUAGACAGGACACCGCUACCUCCUGAUGCAAAGAGUUUCACAAUAUGCCAAAGUCCCCAUGUGCAAACUGCGGGGUUAUGAUUCCCUUACAAGCUCUGCCGAGCCACAUUGAAAGCUGCAAAGACAGCAUUGAUCUGUGCAGUUCUUCAGAGGAAAGUUACGAGCAUGACCUUAGUCCAGAAAAGACUGCAGAAUGUCCUGUUUGUCGGAAAGACUUCAACAUUAAUGUCAUUGAGGCCCAUGCCUCAGGUUGUGGAUUAAGAAGUGCAGCCCACGAAGGGAACAGGAAGACCUCAGCCCUCAGCCUUAAUUCCUUUCAAAGUUUGGAGGAGAUUUUGGAGUGGGUGACUCUUCAGGUGGAUGAUGGCGGUACCUUUUCUAUAGUAGUAUCGAGAGAUGACCUUUACACGCGCGCGAUGAUGCAGUGGCAGAGGCAAAAAAGAUCCUCUCCAAAACAUAGACUGCGAGUCUCCUUUUUUGGAGAAGAUGGCAUUGAUACGGGCGCCCUCAGCAAGGAAUUUUUCACAGAGAUGAUUGCUGAAAUUGAAAACAAGCUUUUUGUUGGCGGAGCUGACAAGAAGGGUAAAAAUCCUCUCUACUGCCUUAGUAGCCUUGACCAGAACCACUUCAGGACCGCUGGAGAAAUGAUGGUUGCGAGUGUGGCCCAAGGUGGACCUCCCCCGAAUUUCAUGCGCGAAUGGUGCUACAAGUACCUAACCACACAGACAGACUCUGACAGUAUGCACGUUUCUGUGAGUGACGUCACAGACCCAGAGUUAGUGCAGCUCAUCACUGAGGUCAACAGUGCAACUGAUGACAGCAUUCAUACUCUCAUCGACAGCAUUGUUAACUGUGGCUUUACUGGGAAAAUUUCAUGUGUCAACAAAGAUGCCAUCGUCAGGGCUAUUGUCCUCCACGCUACAACACGCGUGGUUCCAAUGCUGGACCAAUUGAGAAAAGGCAUGGAGCUCUAUAACAUGAAGAAAGUGUUGCAGGCCCAUGCAGACCUGUGUCAGCCUCUUUUUGUCCCAACAGAAGAUGAUGAGGUAGAUGCAGCCUUUCUUCUGGAAAUCUGCCGACCAGUCUACAGUGACCAAGGCUCUAUAAGAUACAGUCGGGAGGUCACCGUUAUGAACAAUCUCCAAGAUUUCCUCCAAGAGAUCGAGGAUUGUGAUGAUGGCCAACUGACUGUUCCAAAAGUGAUGCAGUGGCUGACGGGACAGGCACACAAGCCGGUCUUACCCAGAAGAAGGGACUUCGAUGUGUCUAUACAAUUCAAGCAUGAUUUCCUGGUGGGAAACUUCGACUGCAAAGGCAAAUUCUUAGCAGAGACUGAGAAGCGUGGUGUGAACCACCAAUGCCUGCUGAAAAAGGGCGCUGCUUGGGUUUGGGGAGAGGCACAGGAGGAAGCGUUCAAGAAGGUAAAGCAAAUGCUGACCCUCCAUUUACCAGUGCUGGCGUGCCUACGAUGUAUCAGACCUACCGUAGUCAGUGCUGAUGCCAGCAGCCGGUCUGGGGGCUGCGUUGCUACAGGAGCAGGGGAGCGGACUCACGACCAGUGGCCUUCUGUUCCAGAGCGUUGGCGGGAAGCCGGCGAUGACAGAGACACGUCUGACACGGAGGACAAGGUUAAGGCCUACGUACAAGCUGUGAUCGGAACAAGACCAAUCACAGGCGACAGACUGGACGCGAUUAGGUCAGCCACGGGCCAGGACACUGAUCUACAGACUGUCAUUAAGCUACACCAGGGCGGCUGGCCAGAAUUGUUAUUCCCUGCUCUAUGCAAGCAGAUGUACUGUCCCAGCUACACGAAGGCCAUCAGGGGGCUUUACAAAGUGUCGCAGAAGGGCCAGCAUGCCGGUGUGGUGGCCAGGGAUUGGUGCGCCAUCACCCGAAACAACAGCACUCGGCACGUCCCUUACCUGUACUACGGUCAGGUCAACACGUCAACAUCAAGUUGGAUGGAGAAAAAAGGCUGGAAGACUCCAGCAAGUGUCAUCGCUAAGAGGCACCUGAGCCCAGGUCCUCGUCCACGUCCAAACAGACCAAGGGACACUCACCCGUUCGGAACCGGAGACACAUCCAGGAAGUGCCGGGGUCAACAGAAAAGGUCACUGCAUCAGAGACUAGUGACCAGAGCCAGCCCAGUUCCUGUGACCCGGGCUCCCCAUCCCUCCCUGCCGUGGGGCCUGUCACUCCUGGUCCUACUGUGUCCCAAAGCCUACCACCCCCAAAAGACCUGGAAGAGUUACUAA